AUGAAGCCGCAACGCGACGGACGCGGGGAGCCGAGACGCGGCGCGCGCCGAGGUCAGCGAAGCUGGUCCGCGAGCUCGCGGCGCGACUCGGCAGGUCACCGCGCCGGGCUCCGUCUGCCCGUCCGCUGCGUGCGGGGAGCGCGGUUCGCUCCGGGAUACUCGACGGGGCUCGGAGGGCUCAGAUCACAGCAACGGGCCGUAGCGCGCCGGCUGCCCUGUAGCUUGCGUGAGCCUCCUCGGGCCCUCGCUGCGAUGGCCGGGCUCAGAUGCAGUCCGUCUGCAAAACGAUCUCUUUCCAUUUCUCUCCAGGUUUCUGUUCCCAAAUUUGGCAAGAUUCCUUGGCUUAGUGAGGCCAGCCUCGUGAACAAGCCGUUAGUGCUCAGCCUCCCCAAAAGAUAUCCUCAUGCCUCUGCCACUUUUCUGAUUUCAUCCAAGAAGGAUAUGAAUUUGCCUAUUUUGUUUCAAGUUCCAGAUGUCUUAUCUAAGGCCAGGAGGCUCCAGAGUAGCCCCGUGCUGAUCAGAAACAAGCACCUGUGCUCCACAUGUCAAGAGAUAAAAAUGGUACAACCAAGAACUGUGAUAAUCCCUCAUAAUCUGAAACCAUCCUUUGAGAAUUUUAUGAGUCAUAGAAUGAUGAAUCUUCAUCCACCAAAAGCCCAGACUGUAGCCAAACAUUCCCAUAAUGACAUCUCAACAGAGAGUGUCCACUACAGACUGCCCAUUCUGGGCCCCAGGACAGCUGUCUUCCACGGACUGCUGGCGGACACCUACGCAACCACGCAGGAGACACGACUCUCCUCCUUGCCCAGAAAAGAGCCAGUGAGCAAGACAACAAGGCAAUGAAUGAAUGGUCGGAGCUCAUCACCUUCCGGACUCACAAAGAGAAAACAAGUUAACCAAGCCAGUUUCUAACAGAUUAGCCUAAUUUCCUCCUGUCACCAAAAAGGUGACUCACUUUUGCUUUCUUGAGAGUUGCUCGAAUUCUAGCUCCUGCCACUGUCUUCUCACUCACUUUUCCUAAAGACAAGUGGUUUAAUUUCCGUGACUGUAAAAGUUAACUGAUUAAAGUGGAACAUG